AUGAAGCAUAGCGGCAUCCCAUUCAGCAUCGGCCGCGCCUUAUCCGCUAUCCUUGACGAGAGCCUAUGUAAUCGAACACGAAGCAUUGCACAGCGUCGAGCAUUUCACGAAUACUUUGUCACGCAUCUUCCAUCAUCGUCACUAUCGCCCGACAAACAAAGUACGCCUCACGGAUUGCCGCGCAGCGACAGCGCACCGCACGCCGGUCCGACGAGGAGCGCGGCACGCUUAGCACCGUCGGCUGCGAGCAGAGACACAACGAUCGUCCGUAUUCCAAUCAGAAGUGCUAAGCAUCAUUUCGGUGCUGGGGUAAGUAGAGGAAGUAGGCCCUACAAUGAAGAUACGUUUCAGGCAGGCACGAUCGAGAUCCCGGCUUUUGCCAAGCGCCAGCCGGUGAGCUUGAGUAGGCGAUUGUCGGGAAGCAAUGGUGAGGUUGGCGGGGAGGCGGCGAGGAGUGAAAGUGGCGACCCGCAGGUCUUUUACUUCGGAGUCUUCGAUGGACACGGCGGAAGUGAGUGCUCAGAGUUUCUACGGGAGAGGCUGCAUGGUUACGUGGAGGAAGCUGCGUUGCUGUUCGGCAUGGAAAGCUCGUUACAGAGUGGAAAUGCCAUGGAAGACUCAGAAGGUGGUGUGAUGGGAGAGCAGGAUGCGGAAGAUUUGCAAAAGAGUCUUGUCUCGAGCUGGCGGGAAACAGUUGGUGGCUACUUUAAGAGGUUCCGACCGGAGUACUUUCCUGCGGUGGCGGAUCGAAGGUCGCCUGGUACUUCGUGGUCGCAGAACAACAACUCGAUCGAAACGGUGUUAUCCUACGCGUUUCUCAAAGCCGACCUGGACUUCACAGCAGCCCAAGCGAGCAAACACUCCGCGGACACCGCCACACUCCAAGUCUCGUCGCUUGACGACCCCCGCUCCCGACGUGGCUCAUCGCCCGAUCUGCAGGCUCCCAUUGGUGGCGCGCAACGCUUCAAGGGUGGCUCGACAGCAUCGAUAGCACUGAUCUCCACGCCGACCUCCAUGCCAUUCUGGCACCCCGCGUCACCCUCAACGUUCAUCUCAGCUCACGUCGGCGACACGCGGAUCCUGCUGUGUCGUUCAUCGGACGGCAAAGCCGUGCCAACGACGAUCAACCAUCACCCAUCUCACCCGGUGGAAGCCACGCGUCUCCGCCGGUAUGCUGCGGCCUUCGUCGCCGAUAGCUUCGGCGAAGAACGCAUGGGUGGCUUAGCCAACACCCGCGCUUUCGGCGACAUUAGCAGCAAGCGCAUGGGCGUGUCUGCUGAACCCCAGAUUACGCGGUUGGAGCUGUCAGCCGCUGAGUACAGCUUCAUUGUUCUCAUGUCUGACGGCAUCAGCGGUCAUUUGUCCGAUCAGGAGGUGGUGGACGUGGUGAAGGAGGCCAAGACGCCGGCGCAGGCGGCCGAGAGCUUGAUCAGCUUCGCCACGGAGACGGCCGAGAGUGCGGACAAUGCUACUGCGCUUGUGGUGAGGCUUGGGGGCUGGGAGAGACGGAAUGAAGGUGGGGGAGGUAGUAUGGGUACGCGGGAGCAGCGGGAGUAUAGGUUGCAGGAGGCGCAGGAUCCGAGAUCUAGGCGGCAGUGA